AUGCGACAUUCAGCACAGCUACUCAAAGCAAUAAAAGUCUUAUUGCUGUGGGUUUCUCUUCUUGGCUUUCCGGUAACAUGUAUUUUUCCUCCUCGACCAACAGUAGCAAGUCGAUCGACACUUGACAUUGCCAGACAAACAAUGAUCCCAUUAGACAAAAAUUUACUUCCACCUACUAGACGACAAGAUACCCACUGGUCCCCACCACCUUUUCCACCCACACCAUCAUUAAAUCAGCAUCACAAACACCAAUUGCAUUCAGAUAAUCUACAUUCAUUUUCUGCUAGACCUUCUCCAUCCGCUACAGUACAUGAUCAGGUCACAACGAUCUUUGUAGAUAUCACGACUAUCAUUAUAAUGGCCAGUCCUGAUCCCAACAAGGUCUUUCACGACAUGGAUAACGAUACUUAUGCUCAUCAACAGCAGCAAAAUGGUGACAGUAAUAAUAAUAACAGCAAUAAUAACAAUAAUAAUAGUGGUAGUGAUAAUGAUGACCCCAACGACUUUUCUGGAACAAAUGCAGACCUAGCCAAACAGCUCAAGGACGAUCAGGAGGCACUGAGGCGCAUGGUAACCAUUCUAUCACUUGUCGGCAGUUUUGGUUUUAUAGCCGUUGUUGCAACCGUAGUGAUUUUUGCACGGAUGCGAUUGCGAAAGAAGGCCAAAGCUGAAGAAGAGCAAAUAGCCGCAGAAGACCUUGAGGAUGAACACAGAGAUCAGGGUACGGAUGGUAUUGGAGUUGGAGUUGGAGUCGGUAUAGGUGCUGGUGUUGGUAAAGGAAGUGGUCGGUCUGAUCAUGACAGUGAUGACGAUGAUGGAACCCCUUUUAUGCCGAUACCUUCCGCACCACCUGCGCCAAUGCUGAUAGAAAUCCACCAACAACACCAGAACCAUUACCAUGAACAUUCAAUAGACGAUAUGUGCCUACCAUCCUCUUCUACGCUGAGCCCACCACCUGAUCGACGACUACUGUCAGUUCAUUCGCAGACAGCAUUGGCGCCAUCCGCACCGCCUGCAAAAGAACUUGCGGAUCAGCCUGAACAAGGUUGCCGUCAUCGUGGAGAUGGAUUAUCGGUCGAACACGGCAGCUCUAAACCUCUCCCUGACUCCACGCCCUGUCCCAAUUGCCAUCAUCAUGCGACGGUCUCAGAGAUCCCACCCCCAGCAUACACCCCUAGCGCACCGCCAAUGUAUGCCGUACCUGAUUCCCCUUGA